UGUAAUAUAAAAUUAUUUUCUGGAGCACAUAAUUAAAAACUUUUUUUCUUUAAAAACUAAUUGUUAAAUUUUUUGUGGUUUAAAGGAAGAUGAAUACUUCAAGUUUUAUAUUUUAUAGAAUAAUUUCUUUAUAUUUAUUCUUGUUAAUCAUUAAAUUCAGUAAAGGAGAUGAUAAAUGCCCAAAUAUUAUUUCAAGAUCGCAGUGGCAAGCCAGAGAAGCGAAGAGUUCUAAUUUUAUUAUUAAUCCUAUUGCUUACAUUGUAAUUCAUCAUACCGUAACUCCACAAUGUCUAACUCGAGAGUCUUGUUCGAGUCGUGUGAAGAAUAUACAGGAUUAUCACAUGGAUGAAUUGUUAUGGGCUGAUAUAGGAUUUUCAUUUUUCAUUGGAGGAGAUGGAAAUGUAUAUGAAGGAGUUGGUUGGAGUAAAGAAGGAGCUCAUACGUACAAAUGGAACAAAAAGGCUAUAGGAAUAGCUUUUAUCGGAUCUUAUCAAACGGUAAAUGCAAGUGAAAAGAUGAUACAAUCAGCGGUUAAGUUGAUUUCUUGCGGCAAACAUGAGGGUAUGUUGAGACCUAAUGUUAAAAUAAUAGGAGCAAAUCAGGUGACCAGUACAGCAAGCCCUGGAGCUAAAUUAUACGAGCAGAUCAAGAGCUGGCCGGAGUGGACGGCGGAUCCUUGAGAAAAUAAUUAUUUUUUUCUUAAAAUUUAUUUAAUAAUAAAAUCUAUAUUAUUAAAAGAA